AACACUGAUAUUCAAAUUUCAGAAGUCAAUGGAUGUAUUCUUUUUACCAUUUUUUGACAAGGAUAAUGUCCCUGUUGUCUUAGCAUAAAUAUCUACUAAGAUGAUACCCAGUCCCAAACCACAGGGGAUUUUCCUUUUAAGGUGAUUUGAAAUAACCCAGCACAUCAACAUGUUUUCAGAAUCCUGUCCUGAUUUGUGAGGGACCAUUCUCAGUUUCCUUUUGGAAGUAGCCUGACUGCGUGUCAUGGUGUGGUGUUCUUCUGAUAUUCAUAUCUUAGGUUCACCUAACCCUUAUCUUCAUAUCCAGUAGGAGGAGGAAGAAGCCGGCAGCAAUGGGUAGGACCUGGGGAGUCUGCCCAGAGGACCGUACCACUGUGAGGCGUCACUGUCAUCGACUGAGGGCACAAUCCAGGCUUUAGGACAGUACAAUAUUUGCAUGAUUUUAUUAGCAAAGGAAAAUAAUCAAGUCACUCUAAACUGUGAAUAACGAUGUUAUCAACAGCUGCUCUCAGUAAAGACCUCUGGGCCACCAUGAGUUCCUCUGGUAGAGAAACAGCCUCCUGACUUUCUUUGCCUUCUUGACUUUCACUGUCAGGUCUUCGGGACCCAACUCCACAAUAAUGAGAAUCCACGCUUUCCUGGCUCUCCUUGCCAUCUUCCAGGUACUGCACGCUAUCACCAGCGCCCUCAAUUUUCAAAGACCUUGCUACCUCCGAGGAGGUAUCUGCCUGAAGCAGGGAACACCAAACUGUGAGCCUUUCCGAGGCCCCUGCAGAGCCUUCACUGUUUGCUGUAAAAUAAGAAGUUGAUGCCGCGAGAGGGUCAAGUAACCUGGCAUCUCAGUGUGGCUCCUGCUGCCUGAGAGCAAAAGGUUCAAGUCUACACCACACAAAGCUCUGCCGUCACCAUUGCUUGCUAUUGUGGCCAAAGAAGAGGUAGGCAGAGGGAGGGAGAAAAAUCUGAAGAAUCUGUCUAUGUUAUAACACUUACAAAGGUUUUUA